ACUCGGUUAUUGCCUCGCUGUUUGAAACUUUGCAACUGAAUGUUUCGUUUAUAAUAUGGUUUUUUAACAUAGUGGUGCUGAAUUUUUAUUCAAUAUUUCAAUGUUUAUGAAAUAUAAAAGUAUAGCUGUUCAUAUGUGGCUAAAUGCAGAUAUACUGGCAUGGUGACAACAGAAAAAAAUCACUGACAGCUCAUGGACAUGAUUUAACAACAUAGAAACUAUAUUUUGGGCUUAAACACGGGCCAAGGGUACUUUUCAUGGUAAAAAAAUCAUAAAUAAAACCUCAAAAUGGUUGACACAGAGUCUAAUAAGGGCACUAUAGAUACAGUGCAAGUUGCGUUAAGAAUAAGGCCGUUGAUGCAGCAAGAAAUUGAAAGAGGUUGUGACGAAUGUAUCGACAUUGUUAACGGGGAGCAGCAAGUUCAAAUAAAGGAUUUAGCUUUCACAUACAAUUAUGUAUUUCCACAACACAUUACCCAGCAAGAGUUCUAUGAUACAGCCGUUAAAGGUCUCAUUAGCAAGCUUUUCCAAGGUUACAAUGUUACAAUACUGGCCUACGGCCAGACUGGUUCUGGAAAGACUUAUACAAUGGGCACAAAUUACUCAGGUUCCUAUGGUGAUUCGUCUAAAUUAGGUGUUAUUCCUCAAGCUGUUGCUGAUAUAUUUGACUUUAUUGAAACACACGAGGAUAAAUUUAUAUUCAAAGUGUCGGUUUCCUUUAUGGAACUAUAUCAAGAGCAGUGCUAUGAUCUACUUUCUGGCAAAGAGCGUGGUCAUAGCGUUAUAGAAAUAAGGGAGGAUGUCAAUAAAGGGGUGAUUUUGCCAGGUAUAACGGAACUGCCAGUCACUUCCACUGCAGACACAAUGAUGGCUCUCGAGAAAGGUUCAUCUGGACGUGUAACUGGUUCUACGGCAAUGAACCAAGCUUCCAGUAGGAGUCAUGCUGUGUUCACGAUUGUCAUUAUUAAGGAGAGCCGUACUGAUAAAAACAUAGCAACAUCAUCAAAGUUCCACCUCGUUGACUUGGCUGGUUCCGAACGUAUUAAAAAGACUAAAGCCAGCGGGGAGAGGUUGAAGGAAGGUGUUAAAAUCAACCAGGGGCUGUUAGCACUCGGCAAUGUGAUCUCUGCACUGGGGGACGGCACCAGUAGGAGCUUUAUUAGUUAUAGGGACAGUAAACUUACUAGGUUGUUACAAGACAGUCUUGGAGGUAACUCGUUAACGCUGAUGGUGGCUUGUGUGAGCCCAGCGGACUAUAACUUGGACGAGACGGUAUCAACUCUGCGAUACGCAGAUAGAGCGCGUCGUAUUCGCAACAAGCCGAUUAUCAACCAGGACGCUAAGGCUGCCGAGAUUGUUAGGCUUAACAACUUGGUCAAUGAAUUAAGACUCCAGCUUCUCGGUAAAUUACCAACAGUAUGUGAACAAAACAAUGAAAAAUUGGAAGAAGAGCUUGAAAGAGAGAAGGCGAGAUAUCAAGAACUAUUGAAGAAACACAAGCAAGUUACAGAACACCUCGGAAAUAUGUUGAUAGAAAACACUAAUUUGUGUGAAAAGGCAUUAUUAGCGGAGAGCGCGAAGGAAAAAAUAGAACGUAAAUUGAACGAACUGACGCAACAAUGCAAUCAAACUAUUGAAAACUUGAAUACAUCGGACAAUCAAGAUGAAGAAUCGCAAAAGACGACUAUGGUGGACUAUUUGAAAGAAAUAAAGACACGUUUGGAAGAUUUGCAGUCGUUCAACAUGAAGACUAAUGAAGAGAUGAUCGAUCAUGAGAUCAAGCUGUCGUUUGUGAAGAAGGACGGUGAUGGCGAGAAAUUAGAUGAUGAUGAAGUACUCAAUGAGGAUCAAGUUGUUUUAGAGGAAGAGAAACGGGCUAUGGGACAGGUUGCACUAAACCAAGAAUUACAAGAAUUAAACCGCGCCAUGGCGAUCAAGGCGUCUGUGGUGCAAGCCAUACUCGCCAACAAUAAGGAGAUGAUAGACAGCCACCAGAAUUUGCGUGAAAAUGAGGAAAAAAUCACACAAUUGGAGAAGGAGAGAGAUGAACUCAUGCAGCAGUUGAAACAUAAUAGAAGCAAAGAUCCAUCACACGAAGAGCGGCGUACUAAAGUGUCCACGCUCGAGGCGGAAAUAACAGACCUCAAGAAGAAGUGCCAGGCACAAGCCAAUAUCAUUAAGGUCAAAGAGAAGAAUGAAGCCAAGAUAGCUUCGUUGAAUGCUGAACUACAGGCCAUGAAGGCUACCAAGGUGAAAAUAAUCCGUCAAAUGCGCGAGGAGAGCGAGAAGUUCCGCAAGUGGAAGGCGGACAACGAGCGGGCGAUGCUGCGCCUGCGCAACGAGGACCGCAAGCGAGCCACCGCCAUGGCCAAGAUGGAGUCGCUGCACGCCAAGCAGCAGAACGUGCUCAAGCGCAAGAUGGAGGAGGCGGUGGCGGUCAACAAGCGGCUCAAAGAAGCUCUAGAUAGGCAGAAGAAGACGGCAAUGAAACGCAACGCCAAAGGCAACGUGAAAGCUGGUGCUGUACAACAGUACAUUGAGCAAGAGCUUGAAGUGCAUCUCAGUAUUGUGGAAGCGGAGAAAUCGCUUGAAGAGCUUAUGGAAUAUCGGGCGUGGAUAACAGAAGAAAUAGAGAACCUCCGUAACGGACCAGACAGUGAAGCGAGCAGUAAGAAGAUAGCCGAGCUCGAGGACGAUCUCGCGCUACGGAAGGCGCAGAUUUCUGAUCUGCAGCAGAAGAUUCUUACUGCUGAUCAAGAAAACAAGGCACGCACACAGUGGGACAACAUUCAAUCAAUGCUCGAAGCUAAAGUAGCGCUCAAAUGCUUAUUCGAGCUAUUAGUAGAUGCUAAGCGCGAGCUUCAGAACCAGAGCGAAAAGGGAUUCCAGUCCAAAUACGAGGAAAUAAAGGAAGCUUUCGAUAGACUGAAUAUUGAGUAUGAGAAUAGCAAGGCGGACUUUGAGAGACAGAUUGCUACUAUGAAACUCCAGAAUGAACAGACUUUAAGUGAUCUGGUAGCGCUGCAAGCGGGCGGCGGACGAGCGGGCGGUGUGCGGGGAGAAGCGUGCCGCAAUCUGCAAACCGUUAUACAGUACCAGCAGGACAAGCUGGAGCAGCUCGAGCUGGAGAACAAAAAGCUAGCGGACGAGUUGGAAGAGCUCCGCAGCGCGAACAAGAAAGUUAAGAAACGCAAGAAGGAGCCCGUCGACACGCUCAAAAUGGUCGAUUAUACGGACAUCACGGAUGAAGACGAUAAUGAUGAUGAGGAUAAUAAUAAGGAUCCCGAUUGGAGGGCCACGCCGCUGUUUAAGCGCAUUCAGGCGCAGCGCUCCCGCCUCACGAUGAACUUCAGCCAGUCGGGCGACGCGGACACGAGCCGGCCCACGAAGCGCAGCAGCGACGGCAGCGCGCACUGCUCGUGCCGCGGCAGCUGCAGCACCAAGCUGUGCGGCUGCAAGAAGGCGGACAAGGGCUGCGGGCUCGCGUGCCGCUGCCAGCCCGAGCUGUGCAAGAACCGGCGCCAGUCCGACAGCGCGCACAGCGACGACAGCAACGAGAACGAAACCAACAACGUAGCUGUACUGGACACCACGCCGCCAUCUUACUUCGACAAACGAGAUCACCUUGAUGCAACCUACAUAAAGAAGAAGAAGUGUUAUUUUUUUCCCAAAGACCCAAAUAAUGAGUAAAGACUGAGCAAACAGGCGCUGGCGCAGAAGUUAUUUUAUCAAAUUUCUUGCAUUUAUUGACAUGUAUCAAGUAGAAUGUAUAUCCAAAUUAUAAGUACUGUAUUGAUUAUUCAAAUUGUGAUUUUUAGCGUAAGGCUUUUUUUAAUAAAUUAGAUGAGUACUUUAAUAAUAAUU